AUCAAACUUUUUAUCUUUGAUUUUUAUUUAUGAGUUUCCAUAUUACGGCACAAGGCACAAUAAAGAAUUUGAAUCAAUUAUAUCAGUCCGCAGCGAAGCCAUUGCAUUCAUUAGUUUGUUUUCCCAGAAAGUUAACGGCGACAGUAGCGUUCAUAAUAAGCUAAUCCAAUUUUGUCACGAUAUCUAGUAUUAGCCUGUGCGAUUAGAGGAUAUUAUCGCAUUCGGAUUAGAGCCCCACGCAAUUGCAUUGGACGGCAGAUAUCGAAGCAUCUGUUUGACUCUGCGGUUACCGUGAAGGAUGAACUUCGAAAAUGAGCGCGCUCCGCUUAUUCCAGCUAUCCCAGCUGCGGCUGUGGCUCCCGGAUCGCGACAAUACGGUACCACCUACAACCGAAAUAGUUUUUUGCGCGAAAUGACGAGCAGUUCCAUGGUGAACAACGUGGCUGACGAAUCCGGCCGGAAAUUGCGACAGUACAUUGCUGGAUUGGCUGCGUCCGGGGGUGCCUUGGCGGUCGGUACUUUCCUUGGGUGGACCUCACCGGCGAAUUUUCCCCUAGUACAGAAGCAGGAGUAUGGAUUUCCCAUCAGUAUGGAGGAGUUCUCCUGGAUUGAAUCGAUUACUAACUUGGGCGCAGCAGUGAUGUGUCUCCUGAUCGGAAUUCUUAUGAAGAUGAUCGGCCGGAAGUGGGCCAUGUUGACGAUGGUUCUUCCAUUGCUCCUCGGUUGGUUGUUGAUCAUCUUCGCCAAGAACGUGGCUAUGCUGCUGGUGGGCCGCUUCUUCCUCGGUAUGGGAGGAGGUGCGUUCUGUAUAGCGGUUCCGGCGUAUACGGCUGAGAUUGCGCAGUCCUCGAUCCGUGGAAUGCUGGGAACGUUCUUCCAGCUGCUCGUCACAGUCGGUAUUCUGUUCGUGUACGGAGUCGGUGCCGCUGUAAACGUACAGAUGCUGAGCAUCAUCUGUGGUGUUAUUCCGGUUGCGUUCGGAUUGAUCUUCUUAUGCAUGCCCGAGAGUCCUCAUCAUUUUAUUGGAAAGGGACGGGAUGUUGACGCUUCUAAGUCACUGAGGUGGCUCCGGGGGAUUAGUUACGACAGUCGCGCCGAAAUUGAGGCAUUAAAAGCUGAGAACGCUAGAAUUCGAGAGGAAAAUAUCACUUUCGUGCAGAGCUUUAAACAGCGAGCCACCAUUCGGGCGUUGGCCAUCUCACUUGGUUUGAUGUUCUUCCAACAGCUGUCCGGACUAUACGCCGUUAUCUUCUAUACCCCAACAAUCUUCGCCAAUGCCAAUAUCGGAUCAGAUAACACCACGAUCUCGAUCAUUGUCGGAAUCAUCCAGGUGGACGCUACAUUGUUGGCCACCUUUAUGGUUGACAAAACCGGUCGCCGAAUUCUGCUGAUAAUUUCCGACUUCUUCAUGGCUAUUUCGACGAUUCUCCUCGCCGUGUACUUCCAGCUCAUGGAAAAGGAUGCCACGUUGUUAAAAAAUCUGGAAUGGCUCCCGACCCUCGCUGUCUGCCUCUUCAUUACCAUGUUCUCCAUCGGAUACGGUCCCAUUCCGUGGCUUAUGGUUGGAGAACUCUUUGCCAACAACGCCAAGGCCUACGUCAGCCCUUUGGUCGGUGUGUUCACCUGGACACUCGCCUUUCUGAUAACGAAGAUCUUCCCCUAUCUCCCCGAUGCUCUCGGAAUUGCUGGAGUAUUCUGGCUGUUCUCCGGACUGUCACUAGUCGGUACCGUAUUUGUAUUCUUCAUUGUACCGGAAACGAAGGGUAUCGCGCUGGAGGAUAUUCAGCGAAUGCUCUCGGACGAAAAAGUCCAGCGAUUCAGCGGUCACAGCAAUCUGGCCAUGGAAGAUGACGAUUAACAUGUUCCCAUGAGCUACCUACACCAAAACUUUAUACCUGUAGAUAUUAAGGUCAUGACAUUACUAAGAAUUUGAAUUACAUUCGUUAACAUGA